AUGGACCAUACUACGACACCGUCGCGCAUGCCCCCAGCGUAUGGCGACGGACCACCCUCAUACAUGGGCACCCCGAACGAAGACGAUAGCACAAGCUACAUCGCUCCAGGAAACAACUCACUCAGAUUGCUGCCCACGAGCACAGAAGAUCUUAGACCGUAUGUAACAUCCAACACCAGUACUACUAUGCCCUUGAUCAAUGGCAAGCACUCCCCGAAAAGAAAGCCGCUUGGACAACCGCAGGUUCAUUGGGAGGAUGAAGAUUCACCACAGACUCCCGCCGCACGAGGCAGCCGCUCACCAAGUCCUGUCUCGUCUCUUCUUGCUGAGACGGAAGAGAACCUCAAUCGCACCCGCAGAACAUACACUGUUGUGGGCAAAUCUCCGUCGCUCAAAGCGACAGUAACCUUGAAAAGAGCCCCCAAGACUGACCGAAGUCCAUCUUAUAGGAAUCCUCGCGCAUCCCCCGAGCGCUAUCAUAGACCAACCGCGUCGACUGCCUAUGGCUCAAGACCAACCUCGAGCUUGGGCCGAGCACCGUCCAUUCCACCUCCUGCCGCAACGAGAGGCUCGCCCAUGAGACCCUCCACACCGAGAGGUGGAUCAGUAGACUGGACGCGACCGCCGCCUGUCAACUCGGGCUACGAGCCUGCGGAGAUUAAUGGCAGCCCACGACCUGGUACGCCCUCGUCACAGUACGGAGGCAGCCCUAGACGUCCUCUUCCUCCUGCGCCGCUAUUCGCGCCAUCAGACAAGAGUGGACCCGUUGAAACGACUAUACCAAUUCCUGAUCAUGCAGAGGACGAUGUCUUCGUCAACGGACACCCAGUCGUUCCUGACAAUGACCCCCGAGCGAGUCUGAAAUCCUCACACUCGUAUAUGACCGAGUCGACCCUCACCUCAGAAGAAGACGAUGAGAAAUACGACCACUACGGACCAGCUCCAGACGGUAGUCAAGCUCGAAGAGGUCUUCGUAGUGCACAGAUGACGAGGAAGGAAGUCAGACUGAUUAAUGGCGAGCUCAUCCUCGAAUGCAAGAUCCCGACUAUCCUCCACAGCUUCCUGCCUCGACGCGAUGAAAGAGAAUACACUCAUAUGCGAUACACCGCUGUGACAUGCGACCCUGAUGAUUUUGUACUCAACGGCUACAAGUUGCGACAGAACAUCGGAGUGACUGCCCGUGAGACAGAACUGCUCAUAUGUGUUACCAUGUACAACGAGGACGAGAUUUGCUUCACUAGAACAAUGCAUGGCAUCAUGAGAAACAUCGCACAUUUCUGCGCACGCACACGAUCAAGAACAUGGGGAAAGGAUGGCUGGCAGAAGAUUGUUGUCUGCAUCAUUGCGGACGGCAGAACCAAAGUGCAUCCACGAACACUUAACGCGUUGGCGGCUCUUGGUGUAUAUCAGGAUGGCAUUGCCAAGAAUGUGGUCAAUCAGAAGCCUGUCGCAGCUCAUGUGUACGAAUAUACCACUCAGGUCUCGCUUGACGAAUCAUUGAAAUUCAAGGGCGCCGAGAAAGGGAUCGUACCUUGUCAGAUGAUCUUCUGUCUCAAGGAGCAGAACGCGAAAAAGCUCAAUUCGCAUCGAUGGUUCUUCAACGCAUUCGGCCGCGCACUCUCGCCAAACGUGUGUAUUCUGCUGGACGUGGGAACAAAGCCAGACGGCAAGGCCUUGUAUCAUCUCUGGAAAGCUUUCGACCAAGAUUCAAAUGUUGCAGGAGCAGCUGGUGAGAUCAAGGCUGAUAAAGGCAAAGGCUGGCUAGGACUGCUGAACCCACUAGUCGCUUCCCAAAACUUCGAGUAUAAGAUGUCGAACAUUCUCGAUAAGCCGCUCGAGUCCGUGUUUGGCUAUAUCACAGUCUUGCCAGGUGCACUGUCAGCAUAUCGAUACUACGCCCUUCAGAAUGAUACCACCGGACACGGCCCACUCUCCCAAUAUUUCAAGGGUGAGACACUGCACGGCCGAAAUGCAGAUGUCUUCACAGCGAACAUGUAUCUAGCCGAGGACAGAAUCCUUUGCUGGGAACUUGUGGCCAAACGAGACGAGCGUUGGGUGCUCAAAUUCGUCAAGUCGGCAUACGGCGAGACCGAUGUGCCUGACUCAAUCCCGGAAUUCAUCUCGCAACGUCGCCGCUGGCUGAAUGGCGCGUUCUUUGCCGCCGUCUACUCCUUGGUUCACUUCAAACAAGUCUGGAAGACCGAUCACACCAUCACGCGGAAGGUCCUUCUCCAUGUUGAAUUCUUCUACCAAUUCGUCUCACUCCUCUUCACCUUCUUCUCUCUGGCCAACUUCUACCUCACCUUCUACUUCAUUGCCGGCUCUCUGUCGGAUCCAAAAAUCGAUCCUUUCGGACAUGGCAUCGGAAAAUAUGUCUUCGUCGCUAUGCGUUACGUUGCAGUGCUACUCAUCUGUCUGCAAUUCAUCCUCUCGAUGGGCAACCGCCCACAAGGUGCCAAGCGACUCUAUCUCGGCACGAUGGUCACUUACGCGGUCAUCAUGGCGUACACCACGUUCGCGGCCCUGUACAUUGUUAUCAAGCAGCUGACAGCGCAUUCGCUCGAGGACGCUUCUGAUGAUAGCUACAAGCUCGGCAACAACAUUUUCACCAACCUCAUUGUUUCGACGAUCUCGACCGUUGGACUGUACUUCCUGAUGUCCUUCCUGUAUCUAGAUCCAUGGCAUAUGUUCACCUCGUCGGCACAGUACUUCGCCUUAUUGCCAUCGUACAUCUGCACCCUGCAGACCUACGCUUUCUGUAACACGCACGAUGUGACAUGGGGCACCAAAGGAGACAACGUCCUCAAGACCGACCUAGGAACAGCCAAAGCGAUCAGUAACAACAACAGCACAACCACGAUCGUUGAAGUCGAGAUGCCCUCCGAACAGCUCGAUAUUGACAGCGGCUACGACGUCGCAUUGCGUAACUUGCGCGACCGUCUCGAGGUGCCGCAACCGCCCGUUCCGGAGGCUCAAUUGCAAGAAGACUACUACAAAGCCGUCAGAACGUACAUGGUCGCGACCUGGAUGGUUUGCAACGCGAUCCUUGCCAUGGCGGUCUCGGAAGCAUAUCCGGUCGGCUCGAACCCGAAGGACAACUACUACCUGAGCUUCAUCCUCUGGUCGGUUGCGGCUGUCGCCAUCUUCCGUGCGUUGGGCAGCUGUGCGUUUGGUCUUGUGAAUAUCAUUGGCGCCAUUGUCGAGGGUCGAAUUCAGCAAAAGUUCGAGCGCUGGUUUGGUGGUGGCGAUGAGAACUCACGUCAUAAGGAGAGCUCGGGAGCGUGGAGCGAGAGUGGGAAGACUGGGACGAGCAGUGAGAGUGGUCGUGGUGGUCGACUGAGUAAGUCGAGAGGAAGUGGUCUUGGUGGUAGUGCAGGGAUGAGUGGGACAAUGAGCAGUGGGACGGGAAACACGGGAAGCACAGGGAGCAGUUUGGGGGAGACGUUGAGUGAUGUUAAGAGCAGGAUUGGUGAGAAGAUGAGCUACUUCUCGCGGUGA